AUGUCUUGCCAAACGUGUCGUUGUGCCACCACUGAGUCGAUGCUCCGGAGAGUGCUCCAGUUCAUUUUCAGUGUCAUUUGCUUCGCUCUUGUGGUAACCCAAUCUUUGAGUACGGGGAUCACCGAUACGUUAAUCUACGUGGCUGUGGUGUCGGUUAUCUCCAUCUUCGGUGUAUUGUGUAUUGCUGCCGUCAAGCUCUCUACAGACCACACUGGCCCCAUCCUCGCGGCUGACAUUGUGUUGACUGGGUUGUGGCUUGGGGCGUGGGCGUGGCUUGUCACUUCCCGCUGGUGUUUCGAUUUGAAUGAGUGUCGAAUCCUCGUGGUGUUGUUUGCUUCUUCGUUUGUGGCAUUCAUUGAGUUUGCCGUUGACAUGAUCUCUGGCUUUGUCGACAUGUUGUAA